AAAUAAGCAACUGGAUCCAUCAGCAAACCAGCCAGCGUUCUGCCUGCAGAGCCUGCUUUCCCACCGUGGUGCCUGCGUGGAAGCGUACAAAAGGAAAAUCGUCCCGUCUCUCUCGGGGGAGCGUUUCUGCCUGUGAAUUUUUGGGCUGUUCUUGCUGAAAAUGGCAUUUCGGUUUAAUUUUGCUAUUGAGGAAAAUGAAAGCACCGAGCCAGGUGGUCACGGUGAGGCAGACUCGCAGCUGGACCCUCCAAAACACGAGCAAAGCGCCGAUGGAGCAGCAGCCUGCAGCCCCCGGCUGGGCACCGCUAAGCACGCAGGUAAGGGACUGUCAGAGAACAAGUUGUGCUUCCCAGGUGCCAGGGAGCACCACGUUCCCGAAGAUGUCAGCAAAGUACUGGAAAAGAAAGUCUUGGAAACAGUGUCAGACCUGCGUUACGUAAACGUGUCCGUGGUGGAAAUGAUGUGUCGGGAUGGCACGCACGGGGAAGACAUCGUGUCGAAAAGCGUCUCUGCUCACUCUGAUCUCAUCCCAGGGGUCUAUGAGGGGGGACUGAAAAUCUGGGAGUGCACCUUCGACCUCCUGGAGUACCUGGCUGAGGCUGACCUGCAGUUGGCCAACAAGGCAGUGCUGGAUCUUGGGUGUGGGGCUGGACUGCUGGGAAUAGCUGCGUUACGGGGAAAAGCUGGCAAAGUCCACUUCCAGGACUACAACAGCACGGUCAUCGAUGAAAUAACCUUGCCUAACGUGGUAGCUAACUGUGUAAAUGAUGGCAACGGGACUGGUGGGGGAGAUAGUAGAAAAAUUGAUAAGCCUCCUUCAAAGAGGCCCAGGAAAGCAGAGUGCUCACCUGAUGCGCUCAGCAAAUGCAGAUUUUUUUCUGGAGAGUGGUCAGAAGUCAGCCGGCUCCUGCUCAGCAGCAACCCACCCUGUUCAAAAUACGAUGUCAUUCUCACAUCCGAGACCAUCUACAACCCUGACUACUACGGUGCUUUGCACGACACGCUGUCUCAGCUGUUGGACAAAAACGGCCGCGUGUACUUGGCAAGCAAAGCGCACUACUUUGGGGUUGGUGGCGGCACCUACCUCUUUGAGAAAUUCGUUGAGGAGAGGAAGGUGUUCAGAAUCAGCACGGUUAAAGAACUUGAUAAAGGGCUGAAGCGGUUUAUCAUGGAAAUGGCCUUUAAAGAUUCCAGUUAAAAUUAAUUCAACCGCUGGUGAUUCAAAAAUAUCUUAGUAAAGAUAAUCCUAUCUUUGCUUUAAUCCUCCUCUCUUUGCUUUUUUCUGCUAUUGAGUUACUCUGAAUUGACAGGGUGAUGCUGCUCUUUUCUAGCUUUUGAACUGUUUGACAAAUUUUGGUGUUUGCCUGGAAGCAAAGGACUCUUCUGGUUCUGUUUUUGCAGAUAAAAAUGUAGUAUCUUCAAGUAGCAUCUGUUUAUACCACUUUUGCUAUUUGUAUUUAUUUUAAAAUUAAGCAAGUCACUGUCCCCAGUCUCCCUCUCCCAUUCUUUAGCAGCGCCAACACUAAGUUACAGGGACAGCUGCUGAGCACAGCCUGAAGGUGACCAUUUAGCAUCAAAAUACAGUGCAAAAAAUAAUUCUUAAGGGUCAGGCUCUCAACCUGGCCAUGAUUUAACUGCAAAGUUCAGAUUGAACUGUAUAACUGUGCUCUGCUGUUUUGCCACCAGAGGGGGAUGUGAUUGUAUUUAUCACUUGUGUUCCAUUCCAGAAACAAUCUUGCAAAUCUUUAUGGUUUUUCCAUAUAUAAUGCACACAUUACUUUUAUUCAAACCUUUGAAAAAGCAUACCAGAGGAUAUUUACUACUGUGGUUUGUGAGUUUUCAUAUUCAUAUUUUGAUGCAUUCCUAAGAAAUUUUCAGCAAGGAAUUGGAAAAAGGCAUCCUCUUUGCAGAAAUGAAAAAAAAAGCUAGUUUCUUUGUUUUAGAAAUUGAGUUGAAAGAAGACUCUACGUAAGACGUUCUUUAGAACAACCAACCAAUAAACCUACAAAGAACAACCAACCAAUAAACCUACAAACACAAUCUGGAGGAUGACAGAAUUUGAUUUAAGGUUGCAAUUAGGAGACUAACUAGAGUGCUCUACUGGUUUUGGUAAGAUCUUUCCAGAUACUGCCCAUACAAUAUGACCCAUUUUCCAAACUUGGGAAACACUUCCAUACCUCUUCGGUCUUCUAGGCAGUUUGGCAGGGCAGCAGGCUUUUAGAAAAGCCUGUGUGCAAGUCACUCCCAGUGUCCUGGGGUGAUAAUGCUGAUGGUGAGACAAGGCUUCAUGUUGCUGAAGAAAUUUCCUAAUCAAAAAAAUGCAAACCCCAAAAUACAAAAUCUGGUCCCAAGUGUUUGGUGUUACCAACAUUUCACACACAAAAAAAGCAACCAUGGUAUGUUUUGCUUCAACUAACCCAGACAGCAGGCUGUUACAGGACUCCACCAGGUACAUGAGUGGUACUGCUUGUCAGCGUGCGCUGCUUUACUGCGGCAAUAAUGCAUUGGGCGCCCUUGCAGAAAUAUAAACUCAGAGCCAAGCCAACCACUGCAGUAAACUGGCUAUAAGGAUACUCAAUAAAUGCAGGGGAGAAAAGGCAGUAAAUAAUCUGAGGAGGUAGAGAAAGACUUACUACAGCAGUGACUUAAAUCACUUGGUAUUGCGUAAAAUAAGUUCCCGUCACUGCAGCCUGUGAAAGCCAACGGCAAGAUUCCUAUUCUGACCAUGUUGCUAUUAAAGAUAACCAUAGAGGAUUUCCUAUACUUUGCAGAAGAGCCUUAACAACUACAGUUGUUUCACAAAACAAUUGUUAGCAGACUACUUUAAAGGAUACUUAGGAAAUUACUGAAGUGCUCUUUCACAGGAGAGGGGAAAAAAGCAGUCAGUUGUGCUCUGCAAGCAGUCAGCUGUGAUUGCGCUUUGGAAUUUUUCUGCCUCAGCUUGAAACCUAGCGAUGACAGACAAGUACCGACGACAGAC